GUCGGGGAAGCGGCGUUGGCGGCGCGCGCCGAGCGGCGGCGCUGAGCCCUCGGCGCCGUCGUCGCUGACCGCACGAGGGCGUGUUCCGAGAGAGGCGCUGGCGCCUCGCGCGGCGGAGCGGGGAUCGGCGCGCGUCUCGCAGGGGGGGGCGGCCGCGAAGACUGCGAAGCCGCCCGAUCUGUCCUUCGAACGACCCCGAACCAGUGGGAGCACGACCGGGGAGAUGUCGCCGGUGGCGACGGCCGUGCCCUGCUAGAGGAUGAGCGGCGGCCGCUUCGACUUCGACGAUGGCGGCACCUACUGCGGCGGCUGGGAGGACGGCAAGGCGCACGGCCACGGCGUCUGCACGGGCCCCAAGGGCCAGGGCGAGUACUGUGGCUCGUGGCACUACGGCUUCGAGGUGUCUGGCGUCUACACGUGGCCCUCGGGCAGCGGCUACGAGGGUCAGUGGCAGAACGGGAAGCGGCACGGCUUGGGCGUCGAGACGCGCGGCCGCUGGCGCUACCGCGGCGAGUGGACGCAGGGCUUCAAGGGCCGCUACGGCGUGCGCCAGUCGCUCAUCUCCGGCGCCAAGUACGAGGGCACCUGGGCCAACGGCCUCCAGGACGGCUACGGCUCCGAGACGUACGCCGACGGAGGCACCUACCAGGGCCAGUGGCUGCGCGGCACGCGGCAUGGCUACGGCGUCCGGUCGAGCGCCCCCUUCGGACUGGCGGCGCACAACCGGAAUCCGGGCUCCGGUGGCAAAGUCGAGGUUCGCACCUCGCAGACGUCGCUGGACAGCAGCAGCCAUCCCGUGGACCCGGCCUCCGAGAGGGACCGCAAGAUCGACGACUGCCGCGGCGGCUUCGUGCUCAAGGCGCGAAGCGACGAGCCUCCGCAGCGUCGUCGGUCGCUGGUCGAGAAGUCGUCCAACUUUAAAAAGUCCAUCCUCCAGGGCCUCCGAAUCAAGAAGCAGCACAGCACAGGCGACAUCGAUAAGCGGGGUGUGAGCUCGGGCUCGUCGCUGCGUUCGUCGGGCUCAAAUAUGAGCUCGGCCAGCUCUGAGUCUGCCCAGUCUGGGCUCACAGAAGCGCACACCGAUUCAAACGCCUCCUUCGUGUCACAAGAGGACAUGACAGACCAGAACGUCAUGGAGACGUACAUGGGCGAGUGGAAGAACGACCGACGCUCGGGCUACGGCAUCGCCGAGCGCUCGGACGGCCUCAAGUACGAGGGCGAGUGGUACAACAACAAGAAGUACGGCUACGGCGUCACCACCUUCAAGGACGGCGCCCGGGAAGAGGGCAAGUACAAGAACAACCUGCUGGUCACGUCGGGCAAGAAGAAGCACCUGUUCUUGCUGCGCUCGGCCAAGUUCCGCGAGCGAGUGGAGGCCGCCGUCGCGGCCGCGCUGCGGGCCUCGCAGAUCGCGCUGCAGAAAGCCGACAUCGCCAUCUCCAGGACGGCAACGGCAAGGGGCAAGGCUGAGCAGGCAGAUGUUGCAGCCCUGCAUGCCAAGGACGAUGCAGAGGUGGCACGCAGCGUAUCCAAGCAGUUCGCUCCCGAGCUUUACACACCAGUGGACCUGCUAAAGAAGCUAGCGGAGGUUCCGGACUUGGCCAAGCUCCGCGUGAGUGCCGGCGGCGCGACGCCGCAGCGCAGGCGCUCGUUGUUCCAGCCGACACGCGCCCAGGAACUGACGGCGCCGCAGCUGGACGCAGCUCAGCAGCAGCUCCUCAACGCGCUCACCAAGGCCCACCAGCAGCAGAGCAGCAAGCCCGCCGGGUCGCGCCAGGGCACGCCGCCCGUGGCCAACGCCAAGCCGGCGCCGCCGCUGCAGCCGCCGCCGCAGGCGCCCGUGCAGCACGCGCAGCCCGUGUCGCUGCCGCAGCAGUUGCCGCAGCGCGUCGAAGACACCAUGCCGCAGGUGCCCGGCGCGCCGGAGCCACCGCCGCGCACGCCACACGGCUCGCUGCACGGCCGGCAGACACAACGCGACGGCUACUCCUUCCAGCAGGCGAUGAAUGACCACUUCGAGCAGUACCGGCGCGAGCGGCCACCGUCCCGCACGCCGCCGCACCACAAAGCUGACCAGCAGCUGCCGCCGCUGACGGCCAUCUACGGCGGCGCCGACUGUACGCCGGACUCUGGCGUCUCCGAGUCCAUGGACGGCGACUCGUCGCCGACGCGAGUACCGGGCGGAGGCGGCGGCGGCCGGCGCUCGACGCUGCCCAACAUGCCACCGGACGAGGGCAGCCACCACCGGGCGGCCAGCCUGUACGUGGCUGCGCCACGGCGCCGGCUGGCCGCGCCGGCGCCCGCCGAGGCGCUGACGCGCAAGAAGAGUCUUCCCAACAUCGCCGACGCCGCGGCUGCCGCGCCACCCUUCAUGUCGCGCGAGGAGGUGUCCGUCCUCAGCUCCCAGCGCAGGGACGAGCUGCGCAGGAUGCAGGAGCAGGCGCACAGGCUGCGCACCAACCCGCUGCUCUACCUCUUCAAUUCCGACGUCAAGGAUUGGUUCUCGAGGCAGCAGCUGGUGAUGCUCGUGCUGUUCAUAAACAUCAGCCUGGCCAUCAUGUUUUUCAAGCUGCUGACGUAGCCGUUCCCUUUGGGAGCAGCUGGACUCGGACCCCGUGUGUGUCUCCGGCGCGCCGGUCGCGCGGCCCGUGUGCCGGCGGCGCCCGUCAGUCCCCCUGCCCCGGACUCCUGCUCCGUGACCUGCACCGGGUGCAUGGACUUCGCCUUGUCAGCUGCGGCACGGGCCUGCGGCGGCCGGCGGUGGCUGUUCGUGUUACUGGCUGGCUGACGACGACGACACAUAAUCUCUCCCUCUCUGCAACGUACCUCACUGUCAUGCACUUGUCAGCUUUCUGCUCAAUUCUCUCGCGUUCCACCCAGCGGCGUGCACGGCAGCGAGAUCGCCGGUUCGUAUACGCGCAGCCUCGAACGACGCGCGUCCACCCCCGGUUGCGCCGCACCAAUUGCCAGCGGAAUCCGAGCGGGCUCUACCGUACGGCCGGCGCCGCAGAAUCGUCGAGGAGGGUUGCUUUUGAGGGCGAGGAGACGCGAGACGCCCAAAAAGACAGAGAGAAAUGUUCCCCGCCUCCUUCGGCCGAGCCGUCAGGUUGUAUACAUAACGCAGCUUGUUGCCACGUUCUUUCCAGAAUCGCCUCGUAGCUCCAUGCGCGGUGCUUGCCCUUGUUCGCUUUGUCUCAGGUGGCCGACCUGCAGUACGCAGUGUCGUGCCCCGGGUGUACCCUCGUUUGCCCGAGCCGUUUACAAUUUCCACCAGGCGCGGCUGCGUCUUGUUCUCGUCUAAGCACUGUCACCUCUCAAUUUCUCGCUUAGGCGGUGUGGUUGGCGAAGGAGAGUGCAGCAGGCGGGUGACGACUGUAAAAUCAAAGGACAACUUCAGGUCUCGGAAGGCGCGAAACCCCCCUGCCAACUGUCGCCGUUCCUUUCUUCCCAUGACGUGCAUUUUUCGCUCUUCUUCCUUGUAACACAUGGUGUACGAAUACAACGUCUUAAUGCACAAUCGCACCAUCACCUGUAACCUGCUGCAGGCACCGGUCUCAUAUUUUUACAGCAGAUCUAAUAGCGAGCGGACGCCAUGUCGUUUUUCAGUUUUUCGCUUGCACUUGGUCAAGCCCUCGACUAAGCCUAUUGUCAGUGAAUAUUGCAUUUGGUGUUUCAUACUACUAGCCCGCACCGCGCCAGCGGCCAGGCACACGUUUCAUCGUCAUGUCUCAGAGCCCUACUACAAAACUUGACGUGAAUCAUGCAUUUUUUUCUUCGUACAUACACACACCUGCCUGCGCGAAGAAACCGGCUAGUGGCUUCUGUUCGUGCUGUGCACUAUAUUUAUCUUAGAGUACAUCUUUCAGGUGAUCACGUGUCAAGCGAGUGAAUGAGAAGCGUACCUUUAGAAGGUCACGAGCAUACGAACACGAGGUGAUGUUUUGCCCCGGGUGAUACGCAUUUUUAAAACGUGCAAACACAAGUGCACGCAAAAUGUAGACCUAGCAUUGAUAUAUAUACAUAUAUAUAUAAAAAAACAAUCUGUGGUUGUUCUUAGUUGUGCUGUGUGCCCUUUCUACGGGCCUCUCUCUAUCCGUUUCUUUUCCUGUUUCUUUCAGGUUAGACUUUUGCAUGUUAUAGCUCAAGCAAAGCGCAUUCACAAACAUUGUGAUGGUUUCAGACGGGCACACUAGUGCCCUACUCCAGUGUUAGCUAUAGCGCAUCGCUAGGAUGCACAGCACGGUGGGCCGUGUUUCGCACAACCGAACAGGUUUGGUUCGGAAGCACACCUGUUUACGCGCUUCCAAUUAGGUGCUCGUUUUCUCUAUAUAGAAGCACGCGCACGAGACGCUUUCUUGCGGUGCGGCGUUGUACGGUGAAAGGCUGCCGUUUGUUCUUGCCUGUCGCCACGUUUCACUCGGAAGAACUGCGCUGUUUGUUGGGAACGCGUUGUUGUCGCAUCAUGUCGGCUGGAUUUCGACUAAGGUUAGGCCGCUGGGAUCGGCGAAGUUGAAAAGGACAGAAGCAGCUUGACGGUUGUACCUUUCCGGCACGUUCACGAUCGCUAGAGACGACGUUUUUGUUACAUAUAUCGGCACGCACGGCAUUGGUAUCAAGAGAGGUAGCUGCGGUUGAAGAGCAGUGCAUACAAUCUCGAUGGCGACUCUAUGCGAUGGCGACUCUAGAGCCUGGCGACUCUAUGUGUCGCCCCGCCGUAAGGGGCCACGAUCUUCUAGGGCGCCGUGCUCUGCUCCUUGGGACGGGCCACUGCCGUGUGGCAACAUAUCCGCUAGUGCGGCCGACAUGUUCGAGUCGCUUGUUGAAAAGCAAUCAGAAAGGCGGGACGUGGUGGGGCACUUCGCUCGCUUGAGGAGCCUGUCACAAGUCAUUGUUCGCACGCAGCGCGCAGCCAGAAGUGGAUCUGUUCAAAAGGAGUAUUUUGGUGCCCUCUGGUUGCCGUAGUUUUUUUAAAUCCUAUUUUUCUUCGGCCUGCGCAGUGGCUGACCUUUCAUACGCGCACACCGAUGAAGCACGAUGUUCGCAGUCUUCUUUCCGGGAACCUCGACAACGCUACAGUGCUACGUGGUGGCGCUGCGCAAAGCAGCUUUCGUGACAGCAUGUACUGCAGCACCAUUAGUGCCUCGAUUUCUAGUGGUAGCGAUGCUGUAGCGUUAGUUCGACUUGGGAUUUACCUAUUUUUGCGCCCGUCCUUCAGUUGCGUUUAAUUCUGCUUUCUGGCAUAAGCCCGAUUAUAUAGGAAUCCCGGGAUUAUUUUUUUUUUUACCGUUCUUCUUUCGGUGUUUCGGAACGAUGAUCAAUGCUUACAUUGUUCAUGUCCUCUGUUUUUUGCCACUUACUUUGGGAAUCAAUAUUGUCCACUGCCGUGGAUUGACAGGACGCAUGUCACGGUUUGUUUGUAAAUCUUGCUUGCUUUCUUUUCUGGUUGUCGAAAUUUUGCUUUCUUAUUAAACCAUUUUGUUCUCGCCGCGUACGCGCGGUGCAUUUUACCCUGCCGGAAGUUGUGUGUUGUGAAAAGGUAGGGAGCAUACGAUAGAGGUUUCUUGUGUAGUGAACAAAAAAUGCGGCUUCAUCUUGCCGCGUAGGUUCUCGGUAGACGCAGAGGGAACAUCGUCUAGUCUUGUUCGGAUCACUCGGUUAUAUGAGCACAGGAACUUGUGCCUGUCAUCUAGUCAUUCGGCUUCUCGGCCGCACCUUAGUUGCUGGAGAUGGUGAAUGCUGCUUGUGCACGCAAGAAGUGACUGGAAAACGGAUUAAGUCACUCGAGAUUCCCGAUACAUAAAAAUAUAACCAGGAAGUUUUUCGAGGCAUAUGGGCGGCUGAGUCUUCGGAGACAGAGUUACAAUACAGGUGAGCAUUCGCGAUCGCAGUGAGCCUUAAGAUCUUGCUUAUAAAAUAGAUCGUCUCACGUAGAAUUGCGAUUAUCAUGAUUACCUAACAAUUAGUAUCGCUGAAGAACCAAUGACGUAUACUUUAAGUCGCUAAUCAUUUAUUGUGUACUCAGCCAACUCAUUACUGAUAAACCACUCACGGAUGCACGAAGAACUGUUUGCUUCAACUCCAAAUGCUAUGUUUCCAAGGCAAUACUCGUCGGUAUUGGAUGUUAACCUUUAAAAGAGAUGGUGGAAUUACGAAAACCAGUCACUUGCGAAUUUACACGGCAGACAAAGUUGUAAGCCUUGGUAAUGACACUUAUGUUACAAACCAGUUAAUGUUUCAAAUUAUCUCGGAAGCUUUUCAUUACCUGUUAUAUGCCAAACGCUGAUAACAACUGUUAGGAGAAAUUUAUACGUUAGAAGCUUUGACGAUUUUCUAGGCGUGCGGCUCUGAGCGCGUUAACCUUUCGUGUGCCCGCAGUAAAACAAAGCAGCCAUUAUUGUUGCCCAAACUAUACUUGAUUCUCAUUCUUCAAGAUGUUAUGUUAUUUUAGGACGACAGUUCAACAGUUUAUUUUAACUGUGUCGUUUGUUAUUUACGCGAAACUUCCUUAUUUAUUUGCUUUGAUCCAAAGAAUUUACGUGGUUGUACCGACGGGCGUUCAACAUCAGAACCCGUACGCGACACUUUAAUUAACCAGAAAUAAAUGUGAACUGGCACUUUUUUUUUUGCAGCUUUGCCACUGGCUUGGCCCAACGUCUCCUAUUCGGGCUCAUGUGCCGUUCGUUUUGCAGGCGUCGUCGCAAAUACUUUAUGCGCAUGUAUUUUUGUGCAGGCGAUUGCCUCCUCGCCACUCGCUCUAUUGAUGUAAAGUGGAUGGAGCGACGCGAUUAAACCACAGGUUUUAGCCUAGCACCAUCGCGUGCAGAUAUUCCAGUACGCACGUUUUUUCCUGCCCGAUUCCCUUGCACUGUAAAUGACACGGAUUCCGCCGACCAACCACGCGGCAGUUUUCUUUUUUGAGCUACCCAUCACACACUCGUGUCACCCGGAGAGGUUUCACUGUUCGCCAGUGUCCCCUAAUUAACUUCGUGUACCAGUUGCAUCUGGCAACGACAACUGAGAUAACUGUAUGCUACUGGUUGGACGGCCUACUCCGUGUGCGCGCACAAGCAUUUCCUCCUUUCUCUUUCUUGUGCUCCUUUUGGGCGGUGCCGUGAGGUUUCCUAAAACGUGGCUCCAUCGCGCUGUGGUAUAACAACACCGUGCGUCUCGUUUUUUUUUUCUUUUGUUACCUAGACGGCGGCCACUUUCGCGUGAGCGAUCGUAAUCCUCGUUACUCCAGGCUGUACGGAACCAAGCCCUGUGACGUAUAGACUUUCGGUGACCGCCGAGUGUGGUAAUCGAAUGCGAAGGAACUUCCGUUCGAUCGCCCCACCUCCGCGAGGACGUGAGUUCGUGUCUGGUGUAACGGGAUUAUGACAGCUCUUUGUUUUGUGUUCCUGGAACUGUACUAUGCUCUUUACGAAGGCCGAGCCCGACGAGAAAAUAAAUAAGAAAACUUGUUUUGCAAUGCACAAACUAUUUGAAUUUCCUAGUCUUUCGUAUUUCUUCCGUCUUUUUUUUUUCUUCAUUUUUAAAGCCAGCUAUUUAUCAAAGUUGAACGAACUUCUUCCCUUUACUUAUAAUGUUGUGUUCUGAUAUUUUGUGAGAAGCGGUUGUGCCUAUGCCUCUUGCAGUUAUUCUUUGUUGCCGUUCGUGACCACCCGUUCUUUGCCUUCAAGACACAGCGAUGUGACGUGAACACAUUCUGAAAUAAAUUCUUUUAUAGUGA